UUGCUUUUUUUUUUUUUUUUUUUCCUCCCCACCAGUAACUUUAAAAGUGUAGUUUAGAAAGAAAGAAAGAAAAACCAUUUUCAGUAGACACAAUUCCUGGAUGCUUGCAAACCCUAUUCCUAUUGAGUACUACACACCUGUGUCGUAUACACAGCUUAGCUUUAAAACUGUCACAUACCAUUACCACUUUGCCUUUACUUUUAUGUAUCGUUCCCCUGACUUCCUUACUGCAGGUGUGGGCAAGAAAGCUUUUCCUUUAAAACUUUUCAACAGUGGGCAUAAAAUUCUGCAGCUGAGGUCUUGAAGAAUGCAGAUGGGUAUAGUAUAUGUUGGAGCUCGCAGUGUGUAUUGACUAACUUUGUUUCUUUUUUAUUUUUUAUUUUCUUUUUUGCUUUUCUGAUACUGUCUUGUUGAAGUGGCUCCUGAGUGUAAAAUGUCUCCUGAGGGCGGGAGGAGGGUGGGAAGUGCGCUUCGUGCUCCGGGCCGAGACCUACGAGAUGCAGCAUUUCACGGCCUUGGAAAACACACUGCAGACUUGGAGAUGAAACCAGGCAAAGGGUGAAGUUUACAGACGAUCGUGUCUGCAAGAGCCACCUCCUGGAUUGCUGUCCUCAUGAUAUCCUGGCAGGAACAAGAAUGGACCUGGGAGAGUGCACAAAGAUCCAUGACUUGGCACUGAGAGCAGAUUAUGAGAUUGCAAGUAAAGAGAGAGAUCUGUUUUUUGAGCUGGAUGCUAUGGAUCACCUGGAGUCCUUCAUUGCCGAGUGUGACAGGAGAACAGAACUGGCCAAAAAGCGCCUGGCUGAGACACAGGAAGAGAUCAGUGCUGAAGUGUCUGCCAAGGCAGAGAAGGUGCACGAACUGAACGAAGACAUAGGAAAACUCCUAGCUAAAGCUGAACAGCUGGGAGCUGAAGGGAACGUUGAUGAGUCUCAGAAGAUCCUGAUGGAAGUGGAAAAAGUCCGAGCAAAAAAGAAAGAGGCAGAGGAAGAAUACCGAAAUUCAAUGCCUGCAUCCAGCUUCCAACAGCAAAAGCUGCGUGUGUGUGAAGUCUGUUCAGCAUAUCUUGGUCUCCAUGACAAUGACCGGCGUCUUGCUGACCACUUUGGAGGCAAAUUACACUUGGGUUUCAUUCAGAUUCGUGAGAAACUGGAUCAGCUGAGGAAAACAGUGGCAGAAAAGCAAGAGAAGAGAAACCAGGAUCGUUUGAGACGGAGAGAAGAGAGGGAACGAGAGGAGAGGAUGGGCAGGCGGUCUGGAUCGAGGAAUAGAGAUCGUCGAAGAUCCCGGUCUCGGGACAGGAGGCGAAGGCGCUCGAGGUCGGCGUCCCGUGAGCGGCGGAAGUCCCGCUCCAGGUCCCGCGACCGACACAGGCGCCACCGGAGCCGCUCCCGCAGCCACAGCAGAGGCCACCGCCGGGGCUCCAGAGACAGGAGUUCCAAACACAAAUCUUCUAGGGAUCGAUCUUCAAGAGAGAAGUCACGAGACAGAGAGAGGAAAGAGAAGAGCUCUUCUGAGAGGCGGCACGAGAGCACAAAUGGCAAAUCUCGUUCCAAGAGAUCAGAGGAGAGAGAAGCUGGCGAGAUCUGAACUCAAACGAUCGGUGUUGCACUGUAAAUAGUCCGAUAAACAUUCUACACAAAGGCUAAAUUUCCCAUUUAUAUUUACUGAAUACGACUCAUCUUUUGUAGUUUGGAAUUUUUAUUGUUUGGCAGAUAGCUGUGAGUUUGUAGAGACACCCAGUCCCGUACUGUUUAACAGGAUUUUGUUUUAGUAGGAAUCAAUAAAUCUGACGGCUCGUUUUCAAUCCA